CAUCCACAAACACAUCUGAAUCGUUCACAAUGUCCACCGAACCCGGUCACAGUAACUCGGAGACCCAUCUUACCCAGAGCGGAGAACCUGACAAGCGAUUCAAAGAGAAUGGCGGGGGUCAGCAUGGCAACCAAGGUGGUCGACAGACUGGUUUCGAAGAGAUUGGGGACGGCACUUCCAGGCUUGUGACCGAAGGAACCGGUGAAGACACGGGGACGUACAAACCGACCGAGCACGGCGGGGAAAAGAAGGACGGAGGACAGGACAAGAGAACUACUGCUGAGCAUGGUUUCGGCGGAGACCACGAGGCGGCUGUCGAGGCUGGCAAGAAGGGUGGUUCUGCCAGUUACGAGAACGGGGGUCUUACUGCGUAGAGAAGGCCGACAAUGCACAUCCAGUGAUAAUCGCGAUCCACUCGCAGAUGCCAAUGAUCCGGAGACAUCGUUUCAUCUUCCGUUGGAUCAACUAAGGUUCAUAUCGGAGCAUCGAGGUGCCCCGAGAGUUUUUCCAAUCAGAGCUGUGCUCGGUAGCGAGACGUGCUAGUUAUCAUCCAUACGACCGUCCUGUUUGCUCUGUACUCCCUCCACACGGCCGUCUACCCGAUGCAAAAAGCUGCCCC